AUGGGAGUUUUGGGUGCAGCGAGAUCGGGGAAGACGAUAAUGGUGGCUCUGGUUCUGAUGGUUGGAUCGUUUUACGCUGGCUCUCUCUUCGGUAACAACCAACUCAUCUACGUCUCUCAAGCUUCUUCUCAAUCUGCUCCCUUCAAGUUUACAAACAAAAUCGAGCUUACUCACCGAAGAUUACCGCUAGUGAUACCCGAAACUGGGAUGAAUGUGUGCCCAUUGAAGUUCAACGAGCACAUCCCUUGUCACAAUCUCACUUAUGUGCAUCAGCUGCUUCCGAGCUUAAACGUCUCUAGAAGAGAAGAGCUCGAGAUGCAUUGCCCGCCACUUGAGCAGCGCCUGUUCUGUCUUGUGCCUCCACCAAAUGAUUACAAGUUACCUGUAAGAUGGCCAACAAGUAGAGACUACGUGUGGCGAAGUAAUGUGAACCAUACGCAUCUCGCUCAAGUUAAAGGUGGGCAAAACUGGGUCCAUGAACAUGGGGAGUUUUGGUGGUUCCCUGGUGGUGGUACUCAUUUUAAGCAUGGAGCUUCUGAAUACAUCCAGAGGUUGGGUAACAUGAUGACUAAUGAAACAGGAGACUUGCGUUCAGCUGGAGUUGUUCAAGUUCUUGAUGUUGGCUGUGGAGUUGCCAGCUUUGCGGCUUAUCUUCUUCCUUUAGGGAUCCAGACGAUGUCUUUUGCUCCCAAAGAUGGUCAUGAGAACCAGAUUCAGUUUGCGUUGGAGAGAGGGAUCGGUGCUAUGAUAUCCGCUUUAGCCACUAAACAGUUGCCGUAUCCUGCAGCCUCGUUUGAGAUGGUUCAUUGUUCGAGAUGCCGUGUUGAUUGGCAUGAAAAUGAUGGCAUAUUACUUAAAGAAGUUCAUCGUCUUCUCCGACCUAAAGGAUACUUCGUGUAUUCAUCACCACCAGCUUACAGAAAGGAUAAAGAGUAUCCUAUGAUUUGGGAUAAGUUGGUUAAUCUAACUGCCGCAAUGUGCUGGAAGCUCGUUUCUCGGCAGGUACAGACUGCGAUAUGGAAUAAAGACGAGAACGAGGAGUGCCUUGCGAAGAAUGCAGAGCUUAAGCUUAUAAGUUUAUGUGAUGUGGAAGAUGUUUCGGAACCAUCAUGGAAAGUUCCUCUCAGAGAUUGUGUGCAAAUCAGUGGACAAACACAAGAGAGACCCUCUUCUUUAGAUGAACGUCUUUUCUCGUAUCCAGCAACUCUAAGAAGAAUAGGAAUCAGCGAAGACGAAUACACAUCAGACGCUGUGUUCUGGAAAGAGCAAGUUAAUCAUUACUGGCGGAUAAUGAAUGUCAAUGAGACUGAAGUGCGGAAUGUGAUGGACAUGAACGCAUUCAUCGGUGGGUUUGCUUCCGCUAUGAACUUGUACCCUGUUUGGGUAAUGAACAUCGUACCUGCCACCAUGAAUGAUACCUUGUCUGGAGUUUUCGAGAGGGGCUUAAAUGGUGCUUUCCAUGAUUGGUGUGAGCCGUUCUCAACGUAUCCGCGCACGUACGAUUUGCUGCAUUCUGAUCAUGUCUUCUCUCAUUACCAAAGCCAUGGAGAUGGUUGUUUGCUAGAGGAUAUCAUGCUUGAGAUGGACCGCAUACUUCGCCCUCAGGGGUUUGUCAUUAUAAGGGACGAGGAACCUAUAAUCUCAAGGAUCCGAGAGUUGGCUCCUAAAUUCCUUUGGGAAGUGGAAACUCAUCAGUUGGAAAACAAAUACAAGAAGACAGAAACUGUUCUGUUUUGCAGAAAGAGAUUCUGGGCAAUCAUCUGA